AUGCAUGAGGAAUCCGAUGGUAGGUCUCGAGUGCAUUUUCCGAAGGAACUCAGGAGAGAACUUUGCCAGGAAUGGCGCCUUGCGCUGAUCAUAAAAUAUCUUGGAAAGAAUAUCAAUUUCCACGUACUGCAACAACGCCUCCCCUCCAUCUGGGGACUGCAGGGCCGUCUCCACUUAAUCGACAUUGGUUUCGGAUGUUUUGUCGCAAGAUUUGACAACAAAAAAGACUACCUACAUGUCCUUCUUGAUGGGCCAUGGAAGAUUUUCGACAACUAUUUGAUUACACAACGGUGGGUUCCCGAUUUCAAGGCCAGAACGGCGAAGUUCGCAAAGAUGGCAGUUUGGGUUAGACUCCCGGAGCUUUCCGUCGAGUAUUUCAGGGAUGAUACUAUCAAAAUCAUUUUGGGUAACAUUGGAAAACCCUUGAAAUUGGAUCGGACAACUCUUAUGAAAGAACGCGGACGUUUCGCGAGAGCUGCAGUUGAGGUUGAUCUAGACAAACCUCUCGUUUCAGAAAUAUGGGUACGUGAUGAAGUGCAGCCAGUCAUUUACGAAGGUUUGCACAUGGUGUGCUUUGGUUGUGGCGUUAUUGGGCAUUGGGAACAGGAUUGUUCCCAAGGAAAAACUGUUGCGGGGGAAACAACUACUACAGACCUUCCUGCUCUGCCGGAAUCUGAGAAGGAUGGGGACCAGCGAGCGGAACCGGUGGCGCCGAAAAAAUCGCAGGCUGUGGAAAGACAACGCUAUGGUUCCUGGAUGCUUGUUACCAGGAAGUCUAAUCCUCCGAAACAAUACACUAACCCGCGACGAGAGAAACAUCAAUCUUCCACUACAAACCGUAAAGGGAACCAAUUCGCAAGCUUGGCUGAGGUAAAUAACAAUGCAAACCUCAACCACAUUUCCCGCCCGAAGGGUAAAUCGCCAGGUGAUGCUGCGGGUGUUCCCUCACGUAAGGCUUCCCCCCCCCCCUCUAACUCUGGUCACAACCCCAACCCCACGGCUCCGCCUAAACCCAACGGGAGGCACCGGUCUGACCGCCAAGUGGCUAUGCCGAAUGGAAAUGGUCGCGGCGGUGGUCGAGGCGGCAACCAGCCGGCAAGGCGGGGCAAAGGUAAGUAUGUAGGGAAAGGCGUUCAAACGAACGUAGCUGAGACCUCCGCCGCUGGCGCUUGGCGUGGGUCUUUAGAAAAUGCUGGUAUUUUCCAGUUUGGCGGUUGGCAGGCCCCCUCUACGGAACUGCCCACGACUAACCCCCACAACUUUGAUGGAGGGUCUUCGUCUCGUAGUACGCUUGGGGAAGGCGGUCACCAAACUUCCACCCCUUCCAACCGUUCCUUAUGA